UUUUGAAAUACGACGACCGGAUAUGUAAUAUUCUAUAUAAAGUCUGUCUUGACUGCGGUCAACUAAAACAAGUAUCAGUGUAGAGACAAACGCAGAAGCAGCAGGUAGCGACGUCCCUGUCAAGUCCAGGAGUGACCGGGAUCUGUGAACAGGUGCCGGGAGGAGCGACGCCCUGCUUUUACCGCCUCCGGGAGUCAUUUCUAAAGAACUACCAAGUUUGCCUGUAUUUUUGACUUUUUGUGAGAAAGGCGACAAGUGGCGCUUUGGGAUUUGUGUAGAGUCAUAAAACAACUGAGGCGUUCACGUCCCCAAGUCGGUCUCCCCUGCCCACCUAAACAUGGCUUCAACGACCUGCACCAGGUUUACCGAUGAGUACCAGCUGUACGAGGAGCUGGGAAAGGGUGCUUUCUCUGUGGUGAGGAGGUGCAUGAAGAUUUCCACAGGGCAGGAAUACGCUGCCAAAAUAAUCAAUACCAAGAAGCUGUCUGCAAGAGAUCACCAGAAGUUGGAGCGAGAGGCCAGGAUCUGCCGCCUGCUCAAGCAUCCCAACAUUGUGCGGCUCCAUGACAGCAUAUCAGAGGAAGGGUUCCACUAUCUGGUCUUUGACUUAGUUACCGGUGGUGAGCUGUUUGAGGACAUUGUUGCUAGGGAGUACUACAGCGAAGCUGAUGCCAGUCAUUGCAUUCAGCAGAUCCUAGAGGCUGUGCUCCACUGCCACCAGAUGGGCGUGGUCCACCGCGACCUCAAGCCAGAGAAUUUGCUCCUAGCCAGCAAGUUGAAGGGGGCAGCGGUUAAACUGGCAGAUUUUGGCCUGGCCAUUGAAGUGCAAGGAGACCAGCAGGCAUGGUUUGGUUUUGCUGGGACACCAGGGUACCUGUCUCCAGAAGUGCUGAGGAAAGAUCCCUAUGGCAAGCCAGUGGACAUGUGGGCCUGUGGGGUGAUCCUCUACAUUCUCCUGGUGGGAUAUCCACCAUUUUGGGAUGAAGACCAGCACAGACUCUACCAGCAGAUUAAAGCUGGAGCUUAUGAUUUCCCUUCCCCGGAGUGGGACACAGUGACUCCAGAGGCAAAAGACCUGAUCAACAAGAUGCUGACCAUUAAUCCAGCCAAGAGAGUCACUGCCACAGACGCCCUCAAACACCCCUGGAUCUGCCAACGCUCCACUGUGGCGUCCAUGAUGCACAGACAGGAGACUGUGGAGUGCCUGAAGAAAUUCAACGCUAGAAGAAAACUCAAGGGUGCUAUCCUGACUACUAUGCUUGCCACUCGUAACUUCUCAGCCAAGAGCCUGCUGAACAAAAAACCGGAUGGUGUCAAAAUCAACAACAAGGCCAAUGUGGUCACCAGCCCCAAAGAGCCUGUCCCCACUCCUUCUCUGGAGCCUCAAACCACUGUUAUCCACAACCCAGCUGACGGAAACAAGGAGUCCAGUGAGAGUGCCAACACUACCAUCGAGGAUGAGGACGUAAGAGCUUACCUACUUAGCAUGAAAGCUCGUAAGCAGGAGAUCAUUAAAGUCACAGAGCAGCUGAUUGAGGCCAUCAACAAUGGAGACUUUGAGGCCUACACGAAGAUAUGUGAUCCUGGCCUCACAUCCUUUGAGCCUGAGGCCUUGGGCAACUUGGUGGAGGGCACCGACUUCCACCGCUUCUACUUUGAGAAUGCUCUGUCUAAGGGGAAGCAGCCAAUCCACACCAUCCUUCUCAACCCCCACGUCCACCUGAUCGGGGAUGAGGCCGCCUGCAUUGCCUACAUCCGCCUCACCCAGUACAUCGACAGCAACGGCAUGCCUCGCACCAUGCAGUCAGAGGAGACCCGCAUCUGGCACCGCCGCGACAGCAAGUGGCAGAACAUCCACUUCCACCGCUCCGGCUCGCCCACCGUGCCCACCAAGUAAGGUGGAACGCCGCCUCCUCUCCACCCCCACACACGAGCAUCUUGCUUUUCCCUGCGUUUUCUCUUUUCUUUGUGCGAAUGUUGAUUACAUCCUACAAACCUCCACUAUCAUGUGCUCACAACGUUUCUAGGCUGUGUUUGUUGUGUUUGUAUAGUAGUUAGCAGGACAUCUCUUACCGAACAUCUGCAGGAAGUGUUCAUCAACAUACAUCAAAAAACAGGGGAGUAGAGCUACUGCCAGGAAAUACAUGUACAUUAGUAUAAAUCACAGUACUGUUACUGUGUUUAAUUAAGUCUAACUUUCAUGAUCUCCAGUUUUAAGGAUCUAAAAUGGAACAAAAUGUUCUGUGUAUUUUCUGGUAGGGGUUUUAUCCAAAUAUUAAUCCACAUGUAAUUUGUGUUCCAGUUGAGAGGACGAUCUUUGACUACAAACACCCUCCAGCCUACAUCAGUCAGCUGACAAGACCCCUCCUACCAAGUAUCCAUCAAAUCCCGCAGCCAAUCCCUGCCCACAAUAGCUAGAGCGCCGCCCUCUCAGUGUGUUGUUUACAUUUUGUCGCUGCUGGACUGAAGAUUAUUGAACAUGUUGGGGGGGGGGACUUCAAGUCUUGACAAUAUCAUUUUGUAGUGAGAGAGUGUGGUGUUCAUUAUGGCAUCUUCCCAUCCCCAGCAUGUUUUAUUACUCUGAGUUUUUUUAGAUCAGUAUAUUUUAAAUAGACGUGGUUUUCAGAGGAGCCAGUUGUUCCAGUGGAUUCAUUUUUAAUGGGCUGGUCAAAUAUGUGAAACUUCCAGUUAUCAUGUAGUGAGAGUUUUUUCAUUUGAAUAUUGCACAUACUGAGAACUCAUGAGCUAUAGUUGUUGUUUUCGCCUUUUGGCACAAUGACCAAUAUAUCACAUAACUGCUUUUUACUAAUGUAUCUUUUCAGAAUUGCCAUCUACUAAAGCUCAGACACACGCUUGCUUUGUUUUGGUGAUGUAUAGGUUUUGGUAAUUGACGUAAAUUGCUCUCUCUUUGCUUAAUCGUUAGCAGUAUCCAUAUGAACCGAGUUGGCUAAUUUACUAAAUCUGUUUUCCGGUUUGCCGUUGGCACUAAGUAUGUUUACUAGGAAUUGUAACGACACGUUUAAAAGGGAAAAUCAAAACAUAUGUUUUGUUUUGUUUGUUUGGACCUCCAUCGUCACAGAGCAGCAUGAGAGAAGAGUCUCUUAUGAUAGAAUGUAAAAUAUAGAGAUACAUAUCAUUCUUAAAGGCCAUUCUGUGACUCUUUCCAGUUAAAUCAGAUUUUCAUACAAUAAGGAGCUAAUUAUGUGAAUUUUAUCAGUUCUGUUUUAUUUUGAUUACUUUUUAUAUUGUGAUAUUGAUGCUUGUCCAUCCACUCGUCAUUAUUAUUGCUUUCCUUUAAGCCCUUUUAACCUUGAUCGCGGAUUCCUUUUUUCUUAAUUCCUUUAUUUUACCUACAUUGUAUGUUCAACUUGUGCAAGCCAGUGCUGUACAGCACAAUGUUUUAAACGGGACCAGACUAAGUAGAAUCAUUAUGUUCACACUGACAUUAAUGACAAAUAAGGCUGAACUAUUUGGUUCUGGGGUACGUUUCCCAUUGAUUUUUGUGAUCAGGAAAUGGAUUUUUGGCCAAAAUUACUAACUGGUAAAUCACCAUUCUCUUUUAGUUAUUGUUAUGUUACUAUAAAUAUGUUAUUGUAGUGUCACUGUUUAGUUAAGAGACAGGGAAUUGUUGGCAUCACUUGCAGCUUUAUAUUAAAACACGUAAGAUUAGGAAUUUCUGAAAUGUCUACAAAAAAUGAAUCAGAAAAUUUAACUCCAGCACAUGGAAAGGAAGAAGUCAUGUUCAAAGAUGAAGUCACAGGGGUUCACUGAUGCUUUAUGUUCGGGAUAUUUAGAAUUUUUUUUUUAUUUUUUUUUAUUUGCCGUGGUAUAUAAGUAAUAACAUUACUGAACUGUUCAGAAAACUGUUUGCAUUCUCUUGUUUAAUCACAAUUGUCCCACAAACACCACACUUGGUUUUUAUCUUUCUAAGAUUCAUUGAAAUUUUACAAUGGGACACUGGUCUAUAAUGUUACAAUGAUGGGACAAACCCGAUGUAUGUUUAAGAAAUAUCAAAUAAAAUGUGUGA